AUGGUGACUGAUUAACUAUAAAAAACAGUGGGGGUAAAAGUCUACGGUAUCUCCAAAGUUUUAAAUCUGGGAAGCUAAAAGAAUGGUGGAGCUACUGAAAUAAAUUGGCACUCUCGUAAUAGUUUUCAUUUUAGGUAUUUAAGAGAUUAUGGCAUCUGAAACCCACAAUGUUAAAAAACGGAACUUUUAUAAUAAUAUUGAGGAUCAUUCCAUUGAUCUUCCUAGAAAAAGGAUCUCUAAUUUUACUAAUAAGAACAUGAAGGAGGUUAAGAAAUCUCCAAAACAGUUGGCUGCUUACAUAAAUAGAACAGUUGGACAAGCUGUGAAAAACCCAGAUAAACUACGUAAGGUGAUCUUCCACAGAAAGAAAGUUCAUUAUCCUUUUCCAAAUUCUUGUUCUAAAAAGAAACAGUCCCCUAGAAGUGGGGGCUGUGACAUGGCAAAUAAAGAAAAUGAACUGGCUUGCGCAGGCCACCUGCCUGAAAAAUUACACCAUGAUAGUCGAACAUAUUUGCUUAACUCCAGUGAUUCUGGUUCUUCACAGACAGAAAGUGCAUCAUCAAAAUACAGUGGGUUUUUUUCUGAGGUUUCUCAGGACCAUGAAACAAUGGCACAAGUUUUGUUCAGCAGGAAUUUGAGAUUGAAUGUAGCUUUAACUUUCUGGAAAAAAAGAAGUAUAAGUGAACUUGUAGCUUAUUUGGUGAGGAUAGAAGACCUUGGAGUGGUGGUGGAUUGCCUUCCUGUGCUUACCAAUAGUUUACAGGAAGAAAAGCAAUAUAUCUCACUCGGCUGCUGUGUAGACUUGUUGCCUCUUGUAAAGUCACUACUUAAAAGCAAAUUUGAAGAAUAUAUAAUAGUUGGUUUAAACUGGCUUCAAGCAGUCAUAAAAAGGUGGUGGUCAGAACUAUCAUCCAAAACAGAAAUUAUAAAUGAUGGAAAUAUUCAGAUUUUAAAACAACAAUUAAGUGGAUUGUGGGAACAAGAAAACCAUCUUACUUUGGUUCCAGGAUAUACUGGUAAUAUAGCUAAGGAUGUAGAUGCUUAUUUAUUACAGUUGCAUUGAAAGACUUCAUCUACUAAAGAGCAUUUGGUUGUUCAAAGCAUCCCUGGACUCUGUGAUUUCUGAAUAAGUCUCAUUGGAGAACUGUGAACUGUGGAAGAAAUCAGAACCUUUUUUGUUUUUUUAAAGCCACAUAAUAAAACCACUAACAAAACGCUAACGGUCUACUUCACAUUGAAGUGGAAAAUUAUCCGAAAGGAGCAGCUUCAACUUGAGUGAGGUGAAAGCGCACCGUGAAGAAGAUUGUUCACCUUUGCUGCACUUGGGAUUUAUAUGGUUAUUUGGCAACAUUGUUUAAGAACUACUGGAUCUUAGUGCAGUCCUGCAUAAGAAUAUACUUUAUACUUUGUGAAAAAUAAGACAGAACUUAUUACUAGGAACCGCAAAGACCAAUCAUCAUUACUUUUUUUAAGAUUGUGUUUUAUAAGGAAACACUCAAAUGUGUGCAGCUAUUUUCUUAUAUUAAAAAGACUUUGAAAGUUUAAGACAUCAUAGCAAAUAAUACUAAAGGUUGUUUUUCCACACUGAGAUACUCUGUAUACAAGAUGCCUUAAUUAUUAAUAAGCCAAUGUGUAUAAUACCAAUAUCUGUUUUUAAAAAAUUAAAACCAACCAUGCUUCUGGCAUGAAAAUUAUGGAAUUAAAUCAGGGGUUUCCAUUCAUGUAGAAGGUUGUCGUCAGAACUUAUUCCACACCAUCUUUAAAACUUGAGAAUAUUUUUGAUAUUUCUGAAUUUUUUUGGCCAGAAUUGUCAUGUCAUGUACGUAUGUAUUAUUCCUAUAUAAAAGAGGUGAAUAUGUAUUUGUAUGAGUGCUUGUCUGGAAGUGUUCAGAGAAUUGGCUAAUUUAUAUUCACUUUCUAUUGUAUAUAGACUUCUAAUAUUUCAGUUCUGUAUCAUUUAAGCUUCAUUUGAGUAAAUUUACUAAAUAUUCCCAUUUUUUGAUUUUUAAAAAUCUGGUUUUGUAUGAAUUCUAAUUCUUUUUCACUACAUUAUAAUUUAAAGAAUUACAUACAAUGCUUUAGAAAUGUUUACAGUUAGUGCUGAUCUUGUAUUUUAAAUUCCAGUUCCAACACUACAUAUUACUACCUCCUCCAAUGGUUGGUGUGAAAUGCCAGCAGACUGUAUGAGGUCUUUUUCUUUUUAAUACUACCUUUGGUGUCAAUGAACCCACUUGUGGAAUGUCAUCACAGCUGUAUAUCUUAGCCUGUCUUGAGAGUGGGUGGGAAUUAAAUACCACUAUUGGUUUGUACAUCAUCUCAUCUUUAAUGAGCCCGAAAGGCAUCUGAGCAAAGAUUUUAAUAUCAAAUUUCUAUGCAGUAAUCUUUCAAGCACUUGAAUGUAAGUCUAGCAUUUACCCAAGUUGCAACUACUGAUGUGAAUCAUAAACAAGCAUCUUUCUUGCUUUAAAAAUAUUAAAAAUGUUAUCUUUUA